GCCCUAAGGUGGGCCCCCAGAAUCAUGUACACUGGUGGGCCCUAAGUACCCCCAUCCGACACUGAUGAAGACAACCCCUUUAAAGCUCAGUACUGAGGAAUAGACCUUAUUAUUUCAAUUAUGUCAAUCUCAUGUGCAAGCGAUAUUACUCCCACUGGUCAGAAAUCUGUAAAUCUGUCUCCCCCUGGUGGUGACUGCAGGGUACCACAACUAUUAUUUAUUUAAUAGAAUCAGGUUUUUACUAUUGUUGAUGCCACUGUUUAGAUAGAUCUCUAGCCCAGCCUCUCCAUGUUCUCAGCAGCGUCUCCUCCUCUGGGCGUUUUCUAUUAGUCUCUGUUUCUGGUAUUAGAAUAGUAUUUUUGCUUUUCAUCUCCUCGUUCUGACGGUUACCAUCGAAAUAUUCUGGAGGGUUUGUUCUUGGGAUUCCUACAACUGAUCUCUCAGAAACCCUUGGAUUGGACCCUGAUUCUAGAGCCAUGCUGGGAGGUAUCGUACAAACCCUGUCUGUUCUUCUUGCAGGAAAAUUUGUCAUCUCAGAAGGGCAACCCAACGUCCUUCUCCUAGUACAUGGGAUAACAAACCAGUCUGUAGAUCUGGUACUUCCUGUGAAUCAUGCAGCGUCCAUACAAGAGAUCUUCUGGAAUUUCCAGUCCUAUAUUCUUGUUCACUUCACAAAUAAUCACCUGGAAAUAAAAAAUAGCGAGUUCAAUAAUAGACUGGAGACACUGGACAAUGGCGCCACAUUGAGGAUUAAUGACCUGAGAAAAGAAGAUGCCGGGAUAUAUUCUGUAACUAUAGAUUAUACAGACAAGAAAAAAGACAAGAUAUCCUACGAACUGAUUGUAUAUGAGCCCGUUCCCUUCCCAGCUAUACGGUCUGAAGUGACGGAUGAUAACCCAGAACAAUGUAAUGUGACUCUCCAUUGUGCUGUCCCAUCAAAUACAUCAGAUUUCUUAUAUACUUGCAAGUGCACACUCCGGGACUCUGAGUACCAGGAUAUAAAAAGCAAUGCAAGCUUCAUCUGGAUAUCACUACCACUGGACCACCAGGACGUGGAAGUCGCAUGUAUAGUCCGCAACCCAGCCGACCAGAAGAACAUCUCCUUUAAUGUACCAAGCAUCUGUUUCAAUAACCUCUAUUUUCACCAAAGCAAAGGCGAACGGCGUCAAUAUUACUUAUUCUACUUAGCGAUUUUACCCGUCCUGGGAAUGGUUCUCGGAUAUUUUCUUCUUCUUAAAAGAAAUAAUAAAAAGAGAAAAGAAUCAAAAGAAAUGGAAGAAAUCCAUUACACCGAUCUUGCUCCUAGAAGCUAUAUUAAUCAGAGGAUUGAACAUAAGGAUGAAGACUGUGGAGCAGUCAUAUAUAGCGCAGUGGUGCACUCACCCACGUAAAAACUAUGGUAAAGUAGCAUGAUGUUCUCUAGGAACUGCCUCCAUCUGAGUAGUAGGUGGCUAUAUAAAAAUCCCACCUCUUCCAUUGGGUGCAGCAUUACCUGGAGUGACUCUGACAUUGUUACCACCCAUUUAAGGAACAGACACUUUCCCCUUGGUGUAGGAGAACACCAGGAGGGUCAGGAACAGUUGCAGUUGAAAAUAUGCUUCUUAAAGGAAUGUUCAAGGCAAAACAUAUACACUGUUAUGCCUAGUGUGAGUUCCAAGGGGGUGGAGCAUAAUAUAUGGAUUCGAAGAUCACUAAAGAGAGAAUCUCUGUCUUGUGCUCCGCCCCCUCGGAACCUACACUAGUCAUUCCACGGUGUAUGCAUUUUGCUGGAGUGUGUGCUUUGAGGACCAGGCCAAUUUUGGCUUUUUGAGCAUUAUUAUUUUUUUUUAUUCUGCCUCUUUAUAUUCUCAAUGUCUGUAGCUGCAUGAGGCUUUAUGCAUUUUGCAUCUUGAGUUGUACUUUAGUUGGUGCCAUGUUUUUGUGCUUAAUGAAUUUGUAUUUCAUAUAUAUAUAUAUAUAUAUAUAUAUAUAUACUUCUAUUUUGACAAAAAUGCACAAAAAAGCAAUUCUACAGCUGUUUUUUGCACUUUUCUUUUAUGCUAUACUCCAGUCAUCAUAAAUGAUGCCAAGAGAUUUUGUAUGGGUUUUACAGAUGGGAUGAUACAAAAUAAGUGUAUAUUUUUAUGUCUAUGGACUUAUAGUUAAUAAAGUUU